CAAGGUGAAAGUGGUCAGGACUUAUGAAUUGCCACCUCAGACCAGGGGAGGACAAAGGAUUGAGUUGGUGAUCAUGGAUUCACAGGGAGAAAAGAUUCACGGUGUAAUAAAGAGGCCACAACUUGGGUUGUCCAGGUCCAAGAUAAGAGAAAACGGUGUAUACGCAAUAAGGGAUUUCAUGGUGAUGGACAACUACUAUACUUACAAAGCCACGUCCCAUGCCUAUUUAAUUGAGUUUUACGGCAAAACCUAUGUAAAAGAUAUUAAUCCAGAUACGGUGCCAAAUAGUGUGUUUGAAUUUCAGCAAUUUGAGGUCCUACAGACCUUAAGAGUUGUUGAUGACAAACAACUAAUGGAUGUGGUCGGAAAGGUAUUGAGCAAGUGUACACCUCAAAACCAUGUGAUCAAUGGUAACCCCGAGAGGUUAAUGGAGCUCACUCUUGAGGAUGCAGAAGGAAACCGUCUGGGUUGCAUCCUAUGGAACAACUACAUAGACCACUUUCUAGACUAUUACGA